AUGACUCCCUACUCCCAACCCCUUUCCCUUCCCAACCGCGAAAUUCGCAUCCUCAUCCUUCAACCCCUAAGCCAAGGCACCCCAAUUCAAUGCACUGUCGAAACCAUCUCUCUCCUCUCCCAUCCUUCAUACGAAGCAUUAUCUUAUGUCUGGGGCGAUGCCUCUAUCCGACAAACCAUCACAUUCAAUGACACUCCCUUCUCCGUUACUCAAAAUCUGGCUAUUGCACUACAUCAUCUCAGGCUACCUCUUAAACCGCGAAGACUUUGGGUUGAUGCUAUCUGUAUCAAUCAAUCCGAUAAUAAAGAACGCAAUGAACAGUUAGGUGAGACCUUUGAGGGGUGUGAGGAGGCUUUUGAUUUGAUGUCUAGAAUCGCUAUUGCGAGUACAGAUGAAAUUAUGGAAGAUGAGUCCCAAACCAUGUUUUCCUUUUAUUUUGAGCUUGUUAAGAAAGAAUGGUUUACUCGUCUGUGGACCAUACAAGAACUGGCACUAGCGGAUCAGGAGCCUCUAGUUGGUUGUGGAUCUACCUGGACUACCUGGAGUGUACUGUCAGAAGUCUGGCAAAAAGUUGCAAUGAUAGAAUUCACGAAGAUGGGAAUGAUUAUGAUGGAACGUGGCGAUGAAAAUGAGAAUACACACAAGACUGCUGUUUCGCAGGGUGUACGCACCAGUGCUAUCAAAAUUGAUCUUCUCAAUAAUGUACGCACGGCAGUUACUGAUAAAAAGGGUGAAGAUCUCCGGGAUCUAUUACUCAACACCGUUACAUCUAAAGCAACAGAACCUAAAGAUAGGAUAUAUGGUUUACUCGGCAUGAUGGGUUCCUCAGACCGAAAAACCAUCACAGUAGAUUACAGUCGAUCUCUAGGAACAAUUUACGCAGACGCCAUAUCCCACAUCUUUCAUAAAGGAAUAGGACCUUUCUUUCUUGCUGGUUUGGAACUAGCUGGUCCAAAUCCCCCAUUCCAAUAUUCUUCCUUUCCAUCAUGGGUGCCAAGGUUAGGCAGUGAAUCUCUUCUUCAUCCUACUCUCUAUCAUCCCCCAGGUAUAGGAGUCUCGGGAGCAGGCAGCACUGCCAUCAAUGGCCACAUAUCUCCCGAUCUCAAAACCCUCUACAUAAGAGGUCUUCCCAUCGAUACCAUUGCCGAAAAAUUUACCUUUGGCCCAGAUGAUAAAUGUCUCACCCAACUCGCCCACAUCGAAGAAAUGGUUCUCAAAGCAAAAAAUCUCGCGACCCUCCACUCACAUCAUCGCCCCUACCUCCACACCUUCAAAACCAAAGAACCAGUAUGGAGAACCCUCAUCACAAACAAACUCUACACCGGAGCCGGCCGUGGAGUUGCACCAGAAGCUUAUGGCGAGAUGUACAACAUCCUACUAAACGAUAAUUCGCAGGACCGCAACACCAAUCAUAAUAUUUCCUGUCAAAACAACGAUAGCUCGCACAACGACGAUGAGAGAAUUAGAGACUAUAGACUCUCUCUCCUAAACUGCCUCCCGAACUCCGCUUUCUUCAUCACCACCACGGGGUUUUAUGGCAUGGCUCCUAAGUCGAUAGAAACUGGAGAUCAAAUAGCGAUUUGGUUUGGGGCAGCUGCUCCUUUUGUUUUGAGAAGGUGGGAUGUGAAGGGACAAAACCCUUCGCAUGAUAUUGAUAGUAAGCAAUCCGAUACUGCAAAAGAAGGACAAAGCCACCGAGAAGGAAACGAAAAAGAACAAAGUGAGAUCUUUGCAGCAGUAUCCGUAGCAUAUGUAGCAGGUAUCAUGGAUGGAGAAAUAGUCGAUGAGGUGUAUUGUGAGGAUUUGGAAGAAGAUGUUGUGUUUACUGUUCGAUAG